UCAUGUGACUUCGCAAAUCAGCUGAUCCUCCGUAGACAUCUUUAGGAGUCACGACUGCGGCGAAAAAUUAAUACUUUCUCUGCUGUGAUUUUAGGGCCCCUGCGGAUCUUUGACAGCUGCAACCAUGGCGCUGAGCGAUGCCGACGUACAGAAGCAGAUCAAGCACAUGAUGGCCUUCAUCGAGCAGGAGGCCAAUGAGAAGGCAGAGGAAAUUGAUGCAAAGGCAGAAGAAGAGUUCAACAUUGAGAAGGGUCGUCUGGUCCAAACCCAGAGGCUGAAAAUCAUGGAGUACUAUGAGAAGAAAGAGAAGCAGAUCGAGCAGCAGAAGAAAAUUCAAAUGUCAAACCUCAUGAACCAGGCUCGACUGAAGGUACUGAAGGCCCGUGAUGAUAUGAUCUCGGAAAUGCUGAACGAGGCUCGCCAGCGGCUCGCCAACGUUGCAAAAGACCCGGCCAGGUAUUCAGCUCUGAUGGAUGGCUUGAUGUUACAGGGAUUCUAUCAGCUGCUGGAGCCCAAAGUGACGAUUCGCUGCCGCAAACAGGAUGUCCAGCUGGUGCAGGCAUCCAUCCAGAAAAACAUCCCCAUUUAUAAAGCAGCGGUGAAGAACACCCUGGAGGUCCGCAUCGACCAGGACAACUUCCUCUCCCCAGAUGUGUCUGGAGGCAUCGAGAUCUAUAACGGAGAUGGGAAGAUUAAAGUGGCCAACACCCUGGAGAGCAGGCUGGACCUGAUGGCUCAGCAGAUGAUGCCUGAGAUCCGGGUGGCUCUCUUCGGUGCCAAUCCAAACCGCAAGUUUUUGGACUGAGAACCUCGGCUGAGUUUGAAACAAACGCUCCUUUUUAUUUUUUAUUUUGUCAUAUAAAAGACGUCAUUCCUUUGUCUGUGAAAUGAAAGUUCUGAUGGAGAAGAGAUGCAUUGUUGUUGUGUGACGUAUUGCUGUAUUUUUUUUCUCCUGUGCGUUAAGGGACAUGAUUGAAGCUGCAGCUCGACAUCACGCGUGUGCAUGCAGAGUGCUGCACAGCUGUAAGGACUGGUUUACUCUGCUGCUCCCUUUCCAUGGUCUCAGUUUACAGGGAUUAGUCAGGAUCGUGUGAUUGGCUGGAUGUUUAAACAGGUUGUCUGCUAAUUGGAUCAGUCUUCAUGACAAACAUGGCUUCUCUCUCACAGUUUUCUAAGUUUCAUUGACCUCUGCAGCACAUUAGAAGUUGCACGGGGCAUUGUGUAGCUAAUGGAUGUCUGCUCCAACCAAUCACAGACAAAUAAAUGGUAUCCUAGAAACGAAACUGGAGACCGAACUUGACCUUGCAGAGUUAAUUUAUUGAUGUUACAUCGAGUGUACAUUAUUCCUCUGACACGACUUAAAGAAGGAAGCAGGUGAUAUCAUUCCAGAAGGUGCACUGUAUGUAUAUGAGGUUUUCCAGAUUAAAUUAUAUGUAUGUGUGUUUUUUUGUUGUUUUUUGAUUGUGUCUCAGUGAAAAUGUACUGAGUAAAGAUAAACAACACAAAAGUCA